AUGGCAGGAAGGGUACGCUUUUCCCUAGUCACCGGAUGCGGACGAGGGGGCAUAGGAGAAGCGCUCGUCAGGGAAUUCGCGAAACAUAACGUCCGGCCUAUCGCCACUCUGUUACCUAACGAGCCUGCCGAGCAUCUCGAUCAGGCUGGCAUCCUCCAUUACCCUCUUGACGUGACUAAGGAGGACUCUGUGAUGGAGUUAAAGAAGCAUGUACAUGCAGUCACAGGGGGCAAUCUGGACAUACUAGUGAACAAUGCUGGAAUAUGUUAUACUAUGACUGCCAUCGACACCGACGUUUCUGAGGUGCAGCAUAUGUUCAAUGUCAAUGUAUUUGGGCCCAUGCGGCUGGUACAUCACUUUCAUGACAUGCUCAUCAAGUCAUCUGGGACCAUCGUUAACAUUGGAUCUGUUGGAGGUAUUGUGCCAUAUGUUUAUGGAUCGUCCUACAAUGCAUCCAAAGCGGCGCUUCAGCACUGGUCUAGCACGCUUCGCAUUGAGAUGGCUCCUCUUGGCGUUAAAGUGUUAACAAUCAUCAGCGGGGAGAUUGGAACGAACAUAUUGAAGAAUGAUUUCGACAGAGAGCUGCCCAAAGCCCACGAAUUUCGCCAGCAUGUGCGACGAACUCCAGUCACCACAGACCGGUUCAUUUAUGCCGAAAAGGUAGUUGCACAGAGUUUGAGCCGAUCCCCGCCACCGUGGUUCUGGUACGGGAAAAAAGCAUCGUUGGUUCACCUAUUUGACAUUAUAGGAUGGCGACUACAUAUUUCCAUAUAUGUUCAAUCUCGGGAGGCUCAGGGCGAGGAAGAACGACAGCUGAGACCCAGUACACCAUCGAGUAUUCCCUAGAGAUUAGUGUUAUAUUUGUAAAAGGAUAUGGUAUAUGAGCUUAGAUGUGUACUUGAUUGACUUAGCUAGAGCUUUAUGAGCUAUAAGGGCAUACCUGGAUUAUAUACAUCCAUAUUCUCGCUGUGACUCCAUGUACUGUACCCGAGAGCAGUCCCUAGACACUCAUUUCAGCAUUAUCUACAUACCUAAGUAUAACUACUUCGUAUGGUCGACUUUUAGUCCUAUAUCAUUAUUUUUCGUUUCCUUUGUAAUAUUGCCCCAACAAGCCAAGAUAACCCUCAACCUUUUCGCCCUCAAUGAACAAGUCCUUGCAAUCAAGCAGAAUAUACAGCAUACGACCAGGCAUAGUACCAUUGCCCGUGAUAUUGCGCCACUGGUGCGCCGCAGCCCUCUGCACACUGAUAUCACCUCUUCUCAUGAUUCGUGUCUCACCAGAAUCAAGUGUUAAUUCAAAGACACCUUCCAAGACAACGCCAUAGUCCAAGGACCCCGCACGGUGCAUAGGAGAGAUCACAACUGGAGCAAAGUCCACCAUACGGGCGACGGUACCAUUUGGAUAGUGUUGCGGAGGCUAAGGAGAGCUCAGUACUUUUAGCACAUAUCUGA